CGUGCCGCCGUCGCCGCCGCCGUCGCCGCCGCCGUCGUCGCCGUUGACACCGCACCAUGAUGCAGCCCGGAGACAGCUUCCCGGGCAGCCACCACUCGCUGCACCCGCACUCGCAUAUGCCCAUGGAUCUGCAUAUGGCGCAGGGCUUCCAGUACUACCGGUAUGGCCACGGUACACCGCAGGACUACCAUCUGGCUGCAGCCGGAAAGCCGACCGUGGAGGAGCUGGCCGUCGCCCAGGGAGGCGUCAACUCACGAUUACACUGGUCUCCAGAGAUGAUGCAGCCGGCGCAGUCAGGUCGGCCGCUUCAUCACUACAAAAGGCCAACGGGUGAGGGCAGAGGCGGCACUCUGCGUACCUGCGGCCCACUCGCCGGACAAAAACGGACGCUGCUCUCGGUGGCCUUCCUCCGGGACGGUGUCGUCUGCCUGUCCGGAUAG